AUAUAUUUUCUUUUAAGCUUUUCGUUAUUUUUUUCACAUUGCUUUUUUGUUUAAUUGCUUGAUUCAAGAAAAAAUAAAUACAAACAAAACCAACAAUGUCAUAUAUGUUUUGAUAAGAAUUAAAGAAAAUAAUAAGUGAUAUUAUCAACAAAAAAAAAAAAAUAAAAAAAUGUCAUCCGAAUCUGAAUCGUCUAUUGUUGAUUCUAUUGUUGAAUCGACCAAUAAUAAUUCUACAAGUCUUAAUUGGGCAAGUGAAUGGUUUGGCUACAUUGCAUUAUGUAUGUUUUCAUUAGUAUUAGUUGUACCAACAUUGGGUAUUUUUGGUCUUAUGAUAUGGGAAUAUUUUUCCGAUGAAGCUGAACGUAAAGCUGAAAGAAAAAAAGAGAUUGAUCAAGCGAUGGAACAACAUUUCGGUGGUGGCACUAUUGAUGAUAAAAAGUUAAGAAAAAGGAAAAAACGUCUUGAACGAUUACAACAACAGCAAGAAAAAGAAGAACUGAAUAAUCUAACAACUAAUCAUAAUUCAUCGGCUAAUAUUGAUGAUGUACAUAUUGAAGAUGUUAAUGAUGAAACAGUCAAUACAAAUGAUUAUGAUUUCGAUGCUGAUCUUUAUGAUGAUGAUUCUGAUACCGAUUCCGAAUCAGGAUCUGAAAAUUUAAACGAUGUUGACAAUGUUCUUCAACAAGCUGAAUGUCUAUUACAUCGUCGAAAACGUCCAAUAACAACAACUAAUGAUGCCGAUGCGGCCAAUAAAUUUGAUGAAAUUCUUACAUAAAGAUUUUUUUAAAAAAAUCUUAUUUAUUGAUUACAUUUAAAUUAAACAAAUCUUGUU